GAGCACGACUUUGCUAUGAGACCAGGCUUUGGAGGUGCAGCCAUCCCGGUGGGCAUCGAUGUGCAGGUGGAGAGCAUCGACAGCAUCUCAGAGGUCAACAUGGACUUCACCAUGACUCUGUACCUGCGUCACUACUGGAAAGACGAGCGGCUGGCCUUUCCAUCCAAAAACAAUCAGAGCAGGACAUUUGACUCGAGGCUGGUGAAGAAGAUCUGGGUUCCUGACGUCUUCUUCGUCCACUCCAAGCGCUCCUUCAUCCACGACACCACCAUGGAGAACAUCAUGCUAAGGGUUUACCCCGACGGAAAGAUCCUGUACAGCGUCAGGGUCACGGUGACGGCUCUCUGCUCAAUGGACUUCAGCAGCUUUCCUCUGGACACACAGAACUGCUCGCUGGAGCUGGAGAGCUAUGCAUAUAAUGAGAACGACCUGAUGCUUUACUGGAAGAAUGGGAACGACUCUCUGAGGACGGAUGAGAUCGUCUUGUCUCAGUUCUUCAUUAAGCAUUUCCACGCCUCCAGUGGCCUGGCUUUCUACAGCAGCACCGGUUGGUACAACCGUCUGUUCAUUAACUUCAUCCUGCGGAGGCACAUCUUCUUCUUCAUGCUGCAGACGUACUUUCCCACCAUGCUGAUGGUCGUCCUGUCCUGGGUCUCUUUCUGGAUCGACCGGAGGGCCGUCCCUGCCCGUGUCUCUCUGGGUAUAACCACGGUGCUCACGAUGUCCACCAUCAUCACCGGAGUGUCCUCCUCCAUGCCUCAGGUAUCGUACGUGAAAGCGGUGGACAUCUACCUGUGGACCAGCUUCCUGUUUGUCUUCCUGUCUGUGAUCGAAUACGCAGCAGUGAACUACUGCACCACUCUGGAGGAGAUGAGGAAGAUGAAGAGGGGGAAGAUCCCAUCUACCUUCAACGCCAGCCAGGCGAUGGCCUAUGACGGCUGUUUCCACGACAACGACAUUGAGCUGACUCCGUUCUCUGGCCUAGCGCCCACCGGGUCCUCUGGCCCCCUCACCACACCAACCCAGGCCCCGGACAUCCGGCCCACGGAGGGGACUCGCCUGCGCCGGCAGUGGUCUCUGCGUCAAAACGUGGACCUGUUUGUCAGCAACAGCUACGUGAUCGACUCGUACUCCCGUGUGGCCUUCCCGAUGUCCUACCUGCUCUUUAACGUUGUCUACUGGAGCCUGUACUCCUGAAUCAGCACCGCAAACUCUCGGUGAACUCUGGUGCACUUUACUGAGCCCGAGUGUUGAGUCAGAGAGCAUGCUGGGGGGAUCCCUCCUCUCCACAGAGCUUCACAGACACUUUACUGAAUGAACUCUUGAUCACAGGAGAGCCCCUUCAGCGCCAUCUUCAUCACUUUACAAGAGAG